AUGUCCCAAUGGUUGUCACCAGGUCAUUUUCCUCCACCACAGCCACCAUACUCGACUUUUCAGGGGCCGCCACCUGUCCCUUCCAAUCAAUAUUUGCCUUCAUAUCAAAGACCCUCUUUACCUCCGCCAUCACAAGCACCCUCGUUAGAUGACCUAUCUUUAGCGUUUGACAAUCUUGCAAUGGCAUUAAGGUUGACAGCAGGUCCUCAAGAAAUUGAUGAUUUUCAAGUAACAUUAGGGAUGCUCAUGCAUGACUGUUCACAAUCAAACAUUCAACGAGGCAAAACUUGGAUAUUCAACCAUUGUUCUUCACCAAGUCAUUACGAAGUUUUAUUAAGAUUUUUAAUUGCACUUUCAAGAUCUCGGACUAUGUUUGAAGAUAAAUUACACUUGAUAUAUUUGGUUAAUGAUGUACUAUUCCAUAGUGAGCGUCGUCAAGAACCUUGGAUAAAAGAGGCAUUGCAUCCAAAUUUGCUUGCGUUACUUCGUUCUGCUUUCCAUUUCAUAGAUGCUAAUGAAAAACAACAAGAAAAAGUUCUUAAAAUUAUAUCUAUAUGGGGUGAUAAACACUACUUUGAUGAUAUUAAAAUUAAUGCUCUGAAGUCUGGUGUUAUGGUUCCUCCUCCGCCUCCCGGUGGUCCACCAACGGUCACAUUUCCCGGGAUGGCACCUCCAGGACAUCCUGCUUUUGGGCAUAUUCGUUAUCAAAAUCCUCAGAAUGUUUCACCUUUUUACAAUCAGGGUGCACCGCCCCCACCGAAUAUGUUUCCCGGAGCCCAUUCGCCAGCACAGUCAAUUAUUUCAUCAAGUACUCAUUUGUCUCCACCAGUUGCUCAUGGUCAUUUGAGACCUAACUCUGAACCAGCACCACCUGGUAUCCCUGGUCAGUUUCCUUCCGGUCCUUCACCACCGGACAUGUCAAUGCAAGGAAUAGGACCAAGGCCUAACGUAUCUGUUACACCACCAAUACCCGCUGUACCAGAAAAAAAAUAUUAUGAACUACCAGCAGGAUUAAUGGUACCAGCUGUUUCGCCUGAGGAACCGCCGUAUACACCAAUUCAUGCUUCUUCUAUUAGACUUCCGCCACAUCGACUUCCACCAACAACAGAGUUACUUGAAGCAGUAGAUAAAUUUUAUGAAGGAAUGAAAUUGAUAGA